CUCUCUGGCUUAACUCUCGGCCGCGGUGUUUCCGUCUCUUUCCGCCCCCCCUGGUUGUCGCCGUCUCUGAUCUUCUCAUCCUUCUCGCUCUGCUGCUUUGCGGUGUGACGAGGCUGAAUCCUCUCCCCACCCAGUUCGCGCCUUUCUUUUCCUCGCGCCGCUCCAUUUCUCCAGUUCGGCUGCCGCCGCCACUGCUGCUCAGCUGGUGUCGGUGCCGCGCAUUUCCCCCACGUCGUCCCCGCAGCCUAUGGCCCAGGCCGCCUUGGGUAUUUCUGCUCAAGGUAACCACAUCCCUCUUUAAAAAUUCCGCCGAAAAAGAGAAGACGCUUUACCCGACUCUUUGGGCCGUUAUCUCACGGCGAACUUUCUGACCGAGUAUACAACUACCCAGAAGGCCUAGGAGAAGUGCUGUAUAGAGAGCAGUUCGACUUCAACGCUGAGCCACCUUGGGAACCUAGCUGAUGAUAGGGGGGUUCCAUCUCCUAACUUGUCCAUGGAGCUCUUCCAGAAACCCAAGACUCAUGUUCAUCCAGCUUGGUGUCAAGUGGGCUGUUGCUGCCAGAAUUAUCUUGUGAUUAUAUGAAAGAUGUAUCAGUUUCUUCUGAAGUACAAUCAACUGUAGAAGCCUUUGUAGCAGUUUGUUGCAUAUUCUAAGGACCCAGACAUAGGCUCGGUGGCCCGUCUCUUGUUUUUCCUGGUUUAUGACUUUCGGCUUUGUGGAAUACGGCUGAGAUGAAAGGAUUUAUUGACGAUGCAAACUACUCCGUUGGCCUGUUGGAUGAAGGAACAAAUCUUGGAAAUGUUAUUGAUAACUAUGUUUAUGAACAUACCCUGACAGGGAAAAAUGCGUUUUUUGUGGGGGAUCUUGGGAAGAUCGUGAAGAAGCACAGUCAGUGGCAGAAUGUGGUGGCUCAGAUAAAGCCAUUUUACACAGUGAGGUGCAACGCCACGCCAGCUGUUCUCGAGAUCUUGGCAGCUCUUGGAACUGGGUUUGCUUGUUCCAGCAAAAAUGAAAUGGCUCUAGUGCAAGAAUUGGGUGUAUCUCCAGAAAACAUCAUUUACACAAGUCCGUGUAAGCAAGUGUCUCAGAUAAAGUAUGCAGCAAAAGUUGGAGUAAAUAUCAUGACAUGUGACAAUGAAAUUGAAUUAAAGAAAAUUGCAAGGAAUCACCCAAACGCCAAGGUCUUACUGCAUAUUGCAACGGAAGAUAAUAUUGGAGGUGAAGAUGGUAACAUGAAGUUCGGCGCUACACUGAAGAACUGUAGGCAUCUUUUGGAAUGUGCCAAGCAACUUGAUGUCCAAAUAAUUGGGGUUAAAUUUCAUGUUUCAAGUGCUUGCAAAGAAUAUCAAGUAUAUGUACAUGCCCUGUCUGAUGCUCGAUGUGUGUUUGACAUGGCUGGAGAAUUUGGUUUUACAAUGAACAUGUUAGACAUCGGUGGAGGCUUCACAGGAUCUGAAAUUCAGUUGGAAGAGGUUAAUCAUGUUAUCAGCCCUCUGUUGGAUAUUUACUUUCCUGAAGGAUCUGGCAUUCAGAUAAUUUCAGAACCUGGAAGCUACUAUGUAUCUUCUGCAUUUACACUUGCAGUUAAUAUUAUUGCUAAGAAAGUUGUUGAAAAUGAUAAAUUUUCCUCUGGAGUAGAAAAAAAUGGGAGUGAUGAACCAGCCUUCGUGUAUUACAUGAAUGAUGGUGUUUAUGGUUCUUUUGCAAGUAAACUUUCUGAGGACUUAAAUACCAUUCCAGAGGUUCACAAGAAAUACAAGGAAGAUGAGCCUCUGUUUACAAGCAGCCUUUGGGGUCCAUCCUGUGAUGAGCUUGAUCAAAUUGUGGAAAGCUGUCUUCUUCCUGAGCUGAAUGUGGGAGAUUGGCUUAUCUUUGAUAACAUGGGAGCAGAUUCUUUCCAUGAGCCAUCUGCUUUUAAUGAUUUUCAGAGGCCAGCUAUUUAUUACAUGAUGUCAUUCAGUGAUUGGUGUGAGAUGCAAGAUGCUGGAAUGACUUCAGAUGCAAUGAUGAAGAACUUCUUGUUUGCACCCUCUUGCAUUCAGCUGAGCCAAGAAGACGGCUUUUCCACUGAAGCUUAAGCAGGCAUUAACGCUUCUUUAGAUCUGAAGUCGCAGGUUAAGUUUGUCUGGUCUACAUUCCAGUGUGGGGAAAAAAUUUAAUCAAUCUUUAUUCUGUUAAUUCUCUUGGAAACAAAUUCAUAGUAAUAGCUAUUUGGGACCAGACAAAAUCAGCUUUCAUCUGUAAUUCAUUGGGGUAAUGGGGAAUUUAGAUAAUGUAUCCAGACUUAAACAUACCAGUUUGACCCACCCCUUAAGCGUUUAAAAUAAAAUAUGCAACAAAAUGGAUGACUUAGUGGAGAUGGAAGCCCAUUAAUUGGGUUCCCCAUCAAAUCGUUUACAUACAAGUACACAGUUUUUAUAAUAAGGAUUCCUGUUAAAAGUCUUGUAAAGUUGAUGUCUUUCACCCAGAUAUAUCACAUGUGAGUGGAAGACCAGUGUGACUUCAUUAGAUAUGUUUAGUGUAUUUAGGAUGUGUAAAUUUGUGCUUUGAACUUUAGUUUAAUAAAUGUAAAAUUGCAUCAUAGUAUUUGUUGUAUUUGACCUAAUGUAACCCUUGUAUGAUUGCAAUAAAACUUUGUGUAGAUUUUACUGUUUUUUUUUUUUCAGGCUAAACCUUUGGGAGCGGGGCUGACUAGCAAAGGUAGUUUUGAAGUAGUUGUGGGAAUGGUCUGUUUUGAGGACUAGUUUUCCUUACAGUCCAUUGAAGUUUGGUUUCGCUCAAUACACUUUUUAGUUAUUUAAUUAGUAAUUUAAGUAAAAGUGUUUGGUAAAUCAUUGUGAAGUUCAGAUUCAUUAUGGAGCGUUGAUGUGCAGUAAGCAUGGCGUUUAACACUU